CGAUGUCGUCGCUGCCCCCUCGUAAGCCUCUAUCGCUUCCUAACGUCAAAGCCACCCAACCGCGGACACUCUUCAACACCGUACUGGCAAUCAGUCCAUAAGGUAAGCAGAAAGCUGCGUGGAGAUGGAUGUAGAAAUGGUUCUUGGUAUGCGUCCAGCCAAGUCAAGAACGAUAUCCUCGACAGCCCUGGCCCCCUUCCGUGUUCUAUGUCGCCGUUUCCUUCGUCGUUACCUUCGUCGUGAAUCACCGCAACCACCAACAUCUCGAUACUUUCCAUACUGUGUCAGUAAUCUCCUGCUACCCUGUACCUUCUCGAUUAUCCUUCGUUGUCUUCGAAAUGACGUUUCGUACGCUACAGCUGCCCCUCCGCAAGCCCCGGUCGGCCCCAGCCCCCCCGCUGCCGCCACGCCUGCCCCGGGCGGUUACCUCAGCGGAGCGCGCCCACCGCGACGCGCAAAACGCGGCAGCAAUUGCUGCUCUUCGGGCCACCCUACUUCCCCCCAGCCGCCAGUCGUCAGCACUAGCGUCCCUUUUAUCACGCUCACUGCACCAGCAAGGGCCUUUCUAUUUCGGCCCGGAGCAGACCAAGAAGAGGAAGUGGUGGAGGAGGGAUGAUGAGGAAGAAUGUUGUGGCCUUCCGGUAGGGGGGUCCUGGAAGUGGCUUGCGGCGUAGACAGCGGAGGCGCACGAGGGUGAGGCUUCGCUGGGAGAGUCUCUGGCGGAGGAGGAUGCGGAGUAACUCGAAAGAGCUGGUUUCACUAUAGGAAAAGUAGCUGGGAGGGUCACCGGGCAUACUCUGCUGCCGUAAAAAUGAAGGAAAAUAUAGAAGGAAUGAAUAAUACAAUGUAAAAGAAAAAAUAUAAACUAAG